AAAAAACAUGUUCGUGCAUACGAUUUAUAGCGGGUUUAUAACCUCUACUAGUUUCGCUGAUGAAGAAAAAAACCAUACGUCGUGUGGGAAGCCACUUCCGAAAACGCAGUUCACGGACAAAACUCAACUGUAGCUCAAAUGUCAUACGUCGGACUCCUAUUGCUUCUGCCAUUGGUGCGCUGUACGAAAACUCCGCCUGACAUAAUAUUCUUACUAGCGGACGACCUGGGAUGGGACGACGUGAGUUUUCAUGGAUCCUCUCAAAUCCCGACGCCAAACUUGGAUGCCCUCGCGGCGGACGGCGUCAUACUCAACAGUUACUACGCUCAGCAUGCAUGCACCCCUUCAAGGGCUGCCCUCAUGACUGGCCUUUACCCAUGUCGUACAGGCAUGGAAGGCCUCGCGAUCGACGUAGCCGAGCCGUGGUCACUGCCAACAAAUAUUCGGAUACUGCCACAGUACCUGAAAGACCUCGGCUACCAGACACAUCUUGUUGGGAAGUGGCACCUGGGAUAUUACACCGAAAACGCCACUCCUACAUUCCGCGGUUUCGACAGUUUUUAUGGGUUUUACAACGGAGAUGAAGACUAUUACACCCACAGCAUCACAUACGAAAACCAUACAGGCCUUGACUUUUGGAUGAACACUGACCCGGUGUGGUCUGUAAAUGGAACGUAUUCCACCACGCUCUACACAAAAAGAGCCCAAUAUAUCAUCGCCAACAGAGACAAGACGAAGCCGCUGUUUCUUCUGUUGAGUUACCAGGCAGUGCAUGGUGCAGACAUUAAUAGCCGCCUGCAGGCUCCACAGGAAAAUGUCGACAAGUUUCCCUACAUAGGAGAAGAGAACAGAACAAUUUUUGCAGGGAUGGUGGACGCGAUGGACCAGUCCGUAGGCGAGGUGUUCAAGGCUCUAAGCGUCGCCGGGAUGCUGCAAAACGCAGUCGUCGUCUUCAGCAGCGACAAUGGCGGCGUUCCGUUCGGGGCACACGCGAGCCGCAGCUUCAACUGGCCGCUGCGUGGCGUCAAAGGUGGACUUUGGGAAGGCGCCACCAGGUCGGCGGCCUUCUUAUGGAGUCCCCUGCUCGAGCGCAGGCGUAGAGUGUCCCACCAACUUAUGCACAUCACGGACUGGCUGCCUACACUGUACUCAAUUGGUGGAGGCGACGUAAAGAGCCUUGGUAAUAUGGAUGGGCUAGACAUGUGGCGGCACCUCUCUCAGGACUUGCAGUCACCUCGCGUAGAGAUGCUGUACAAUUACGACGAGUGGAUUCUGCACGCCUCGGCGCUCCGCUCCUCGCGAUACAAACUUGUGCUCGACGAUACCGGCCUGAACAACCAGCGCUACCACACGACCGGCGGCAGACGACCUCGGAAUGAUCUCGAUAAGCUGCUCACCCAGUCAACUGUGGCGAAGGUCCUGAGGAGCUUCUACAACAAGAACCAAUUGAACUUUUCCAGCGAUUGGCGGAAAAGGGCGACGCUGAACUGCGGUCGAGGGACGACGAGAAACUUCUCGGGGAACGACACCGCCUACCUGUUCGACAUCGUUGCGGAUCCCUGCGAACUGAACAAUUUGGCCAGCUCGCUUCCGGAGGUCGUGGAGUUCCUGAAGAUGCGAAUCGAGACCUACGCCGCCUUUGCGAUAUCACCCCUGAGCCCACCGAAGGACCCAGCCGGUUUUCCAGAGUAUCACAAUGGAACGUGGGCGCCCUGGUUGGAUUCAGUCCCGUGAAAAAAGCUGUUUCUACAUCAAGUUGUUACGUGAUUGCAAUACUGAGGCGCAUGACAGACACUCGAAGACAUCUUAAGGCACUAUUUUCAGAAGUUAACGUAUGUAUAGGCAGUUAUAUAUCCGGCCCUUCUGUACCUCCUAAAACUUCAAAAUCAGCAGGCGGAAAGAGGUACUGACACGACCGCGAUCGGCAAUGUGACUGUUUUCAAGGCAUUGAGGUGUUGAUAAUACCAGAUGCAGGAGCUCCGCAAUCGACGUUCACAGAUGCAUUUGGUACAGCGUGCAAUUUAUACUUACUGACCUAGCAAGAUGCGGUGGCAC